AUGAACUGCAAGAUAGACGACCACAUAUUACGACUUCUUCAGAUUAGUGGAUUUGGAACGUACCAGGCGUUGAAAGAACUUGCUCAAGAAGAUUUGGACUUCAUCGUUAAGUUUGUGAAGAGUGGUGAUAUUUUAGAUCGUAUUGAUAGUAGUGAACUGCCAAUCUUCUUGGGGCCCUGUAAAGCAAAGGAAAAGUUCUCUUUUCUCCCAGGAGAGUGUAAAUUGUUGUUUAAAAUAGUUGAAUAUGUAAAAAAAAACCAUUCAGAGUCUGAAAAGAGUUUAGGCAAAAUGUCUCUUUAUCCCAUAUUUCAAGCUAAGUCUAGUAGGAAGUCAAGUUUCUGUGAUAGUCCAUCUAGUUCUAAAAAGGCUAAGACUGAUCUAGUUAAUUCAUGUGAUAUUCCUCAAGAAGUAUUAGAUAUUAAGAAAAUUCUGAAGGAUCAUUGCAAAAAGAAAUCCUUGCCUGAUGAGUUUUCUGCAUCAGUUCCUAACUUAAGCAUUACUGUUAAGACUGUUGACACAAAUGAAAAGUCUUAUUUAUCUGCUGUUAUUAUCUGUUCAUUUUGUAAGAAAGGUCAGACAGUCCAACGCAAUCCAAAAGAGACAUGGAACUUGUCUAAUAUGAAUAGGCACUGGCGAGGCCAUGCCUCAAAAGGAGAUUAUAAACCAAAGGGUGGAAUUGAAUUGUAUGCAUCAAAGAAAUCCAACACUCCUGGAAGUGAGGAAACCACCAACACAGAUGAAGAAGAGAAUGCACACAGUAUUGAUUUGACUGCAGAAAGUGAUGAGACAACACCUAAUGAGCAAAGGAAUGAAGAACAAGGAGGUUCUGCCACCACUAACUCUUCUGGUACAAAAAUUACUUUGCUUUCUAAUGCUGAGAUUAUAAAGACACUGUCUGCCCGCUGUGAAGAAUUGUCUGCUGUUGUGUCUGAUUUAUCAGACCGUUCAAAUUUGUCAUUUCUCUUGAGGUUGCUCUUGGAAACAGCUCAAAAGAAUUCACUCAGAGAACCACAUGGACGGUCUUAUGAAAUGGACAUAAAAUACUUUUCUGUUUACCUAUUCAUUAUUUCUGGACGCUUUGUUUAUGAAUUUCUGUAUGAAAAUCUUAAACCUGCUCUGCCUGCUUUGAGUACAGUUGAGAGAGCACUUGCUUCAGCUUCGGAACCUGUAAGAGAGGGAGAGUUCAGAUUUGCAGAGCUAAGUGACUUUUUAGACAGUAAUAAUUUUCCAAGGAAGGUGUUUGUUGCCGAAGAUGCUACAAGAAUUACCCAGAAAUUUUUAUACGAUUUGACUAGUGACCAAAUCAUUGGCCCUGUACCUCCUCUUGCUGAAAACGGAGUACCAAUAAUGGACUCCUUUCCAGCAUCUUCUGCAGCUUUGAUAGCUACACAUUUUUAGAAAUGUAAACCAUCUUCAUCUGCCUAUGGUAUUAUGGUGCAACCUGUUUAUGAAGGAGCCCCAUCGUUUUGUUUGUGUAUAGUUGGAACCGACAAUAAGUUCAAAACAGAUCAUGCGCGCAAAAGAUGCCCUGGUCCUCCGUGCCCCAUAGAUUUUAAAGAUUUCUAUUUUGCUAGUGGUGUACAGAAGUUUACUGUGACCCAAGAUUACAUUCACACAGUAAAUAAGUUUCGUUUGAGAUUAAGCCCAUCAAAUUAUCUGCCUCUAGGAAAGUACACUGCCAGUGUUUCUCACCUCACAAUUUUGAUGGAAACUGUAAGUAAAGAGGAGCAUGGACUCACUCCUGCUGACCUGCAAAAGGACAAAAUGAAUUUUAACGCCUCUGUUAAAAUAUGCAGUGAACGUGUUACUGAUUCAUUGGAAAAACACGUUCCAGGUAGUGAGGGCACUGUCGCUUAUUUAAAUGUAAUGCGCUCAGUUAUGGAGGCUGGCCUUAACAAAACUCUGUCCCCUUUAGAAAUAAUUUACAAGAUAUGGUUUGCUGUGUUUUUUUUUAGGUGCUGGAAACUUUGGCUCUUGUCUAAUCCUCGAUUCAAACUUGACAAUUUUGUUUCAAGAAACCUCUACAUUUGUGUUGAAAUCAUAGCUCAUUGUAUCAUCCAUCUAAUUGUGAAAUGUAGAGAUGAGAAUAGUCCUGAGUACUUGCUAAUCCACCUGUUUUCCAGCCAAAUUUGUGAAAGUUUGUUCCGACUAUUGCGUUCAAUGACCACAACAGAGUCAACUGUCAUCAACUUUUCCAUGAAAGAAGUGUUACAGAAAAUAAGAAGAAUUGACAUCAUGCACAGCAUUACAUGCAAAAUGACUGGCAAACUUGAAUUUCCAAGGGAGAAGAGGAAGCGCCUUCUUGGAGUGCUUAGUGAUGAAAAACUGAAGACAACUUACCUCCCAACCAAUGAAGAGAUACGAACAUGUGUCCUGGCAGCUAAAAGUGAUGCCAUCUCUCUCCUUCGUAAACUUGGAGUAUCUUGCGCACCUGACACUCUUGGGCGAAUCAAGUCCAGUUUACUUUCCUGUGAAACUUUUGAACCAGAUGAAAAUCCAGAUGAAGUAUCUCCAUCUCCUUUGUAUGUUGCAGAAGUGAAUGAUGAUGAUGUCCCUCUUAAUUUACUCCAAGCGUUCCCUUCCCCUGAAUCUGUCUGUGACCUUGAUCCCCAUGGUAUUGUUGAUGAAAGUACCAAUCUCUUGCGGGGACAUGUACUGGUUCCCGACAAGAGUGGUGGUUUUAAAUCUGUUUCCAAAUCUUUCCUGUGUUGGCUCUUUGCCAGUUGUGGGAGUGCAACAUUGAACAACAUCAGAAUUCAUAGAGUCCGGGAACAAAUUUUAACGUCAAUGGGAAGUGUUAGUAGACCAUCAAGUAAUUUAGUUGUGUCUGAAAAUGAAGAGGUGGAGAUUGGCAAUUGGUGUUUAUUUAAAGAGAGAUCUAUGGCAAUUGGUGUUUAUUUAAAGAGAGAUCUAAGUACUUUGUAA